UGGAAGGGGAGCCUGGCUGGCACGCCCAAGCCGGGUUAACGAAAAGCGGGGAGGGGGGGGGGCUGUUGCCAGCACAAGCGGUGUUGAAAAAAGACCACCCCAGUCCGCGAAGGUUUCACGGGAUCGGCUGGUUCACACGACGGGUUGACCCUUCAGUAGCCUCGAAGGUCCGGCAUUGGAGGACAAGCCUCUCGCAGAAGACUCAUCCCAGCGCCCGAGCAGAAGAAGCCGCUUUGCCUUCCGACUAGAACAAUGCUGGAGGGCAGGCGAGGGAGCGUGCCAGCUCAAGUCUGAGAACAGGUGAACCAGCAGAGCGGAGGGCAGGGCGAGAUUGGCACUGCCCUAGACGUUGCCCUAGAGGAAAGCAGCUCAGAGAAAGAGGUGUGGAAGAGGCAACCCUUGGCAGGCCGGCAGCUGAGCCAUGGCUACCAAUUUCAACGACAUCGUCAAGCAAGGCUACGUGAAGAUGAAAAGCAGGAAACUGGGGAUUUACCGGCGUUGCUGGCUGGUGUUUCGGAAAUCUUCCAGCAAAGGUCCCCAGAGGUUGGAAAAAUACCCAGAUGAGAAGUCAGUGUGUUUACGUGGGUGCCCAAAGGUCACAGAGAUCAGCAACGUGAAAUGUAUCACGAGGCUGCCCAAGGAGACCAAACGACAAGCUGUUGCCAUCAUAUUUAUGGACGACUCAGCUCGGACGUUCACCUGUGAAUCAGAGCUGGAAGCCGAGGAAUGGUACAAAACAUUGUCCGUUGAAUGCCUGGGGGCACGGCUCAACGACAUCAGCCUUGGCGAGCCAGAUCUGCUGGCGCCUGGAGUUCAAUGUGAGCAAACAGACCGGUUUAACGUCUUUCUCCUGCCCUGCCCCAACCUGGACAUCUAUGGCGAAUGCAAGCUGCAGAUCACCCAUGAAAACAUUUACCUCUGGGAUAUGCACAAUCCCCGGGUCAAGCUCGUCUCCUGGCCCUUGUGUUCUCUGCGCCGCUACGGACGAGAUGCCACACGCUUCACCUUUGAGGCUGGCCGCAGGAUGUGUGAUGCAGGCGAAGGGCUGUACACCUUCCAGACCCAAGAGGGAGAAGAGAUCUAUCAGAGAGUGCACAGCGCCACUUUGACCAUUGCUGAGCAGCACAAGCGUGUCCUGAUGGAGAUGGAGAAGAACGUGAGAUUGUUGAACAAGGGGACAGAGCAUUACUCCUAUCCCUGCACACCUACCACCAUGUUGCCACGCAGCGCUUACUGGCAUCACAUCACCGGCUCACAGAACAUUGCCGAGUCUUCCAGCUACGGGGGUGACACCUACCCCGGUCCCCAGGCCAGCUCAGAGACUGAUCUCCUGAACCGCUUAAUCUUACUGAAGCCCAACGCUUCCAAGAGCGGGAAGAGUGACAGCAAAGACGCCACCUCGGCUACCCAGUGAGGCCGCUCAGUGCCCAGAGAGGAAAGCCGUUGGGAUGCCAACUCGGGCAAAGGAACCGAGGGUUUUUCACCUGCUCCUGCCCUUCCACCAAAGGCCCAGGGACGCCAUUUUGCUGCAGAGAAACGGAGCAGGCUUUGCCCCAGGUGCAUCAAACACGAACGUUCUAGGUCCAGGCGCUGUGGACAGUCUGGCCAGCGAGCCCUGCUUGGCCCAGGAUGUGAGCGGGCAUCCAGAUCUUCUGAGAAGGACUAGCUAUAUAUUAUUACAACUAUUUUCAAUAUAUUGUAUUGUUUAUGCAUAUCCUAUAUAUCCAGAGAGAGGUCUCACCGGAACGGACCUCUCUUGAUGGCCAUCAAGGCAAGAACUUUAGACAAUCAGGGGGAGGGCUGGAUCCCCGGGGGGGGGCAUCUUCCUUUCUCACCUGGGGCCAGCGCCUUGGACAGGGGCAGAGCGAAGUCUUCCCACGUCACUUGGGAGCCGAAGGAUGGACCCCGAGGGGUUGCGGGGCCAGAAGAGGGGCUGCCAGCUCAUUCCUCUGCCGAUCCAUGCUGCAGACCUAAACCAGGUCUUUGGGAGGCCCCAAAUAAACCCUGUCUUUGGCACAACAACCUUACAGGGGAGAGAAGAGCAACAAAAGGCAUCCUCGGGGACAUUUGCAAAGCCUCUGCCUGCCCUUCUCGGAAACGCAACUUGCGCACCAGUGCUUCCUCACAGACCCUUCAGCUCUGCCUGGAGAAGCCAGCUUCCUCUCCAGCUGCAAGGGUAGCACAACUUUUCUUCCUGCUGUGCUCUCUCCAUGGGGCUGCCAGCUCAGGGCAAGCGGGUGGAGGGGGGGUGUUUGAGGCAUUGGCGGAGCCGGUUCUGUUUCCUAAGCCCCAAAGCUGCUCCUCGGGGCUAUUUGGGGGCAGAGCGUGAGCUGCGGGAAAGGGGCGGGAUGGCUCUCCCUUUCAAACACGGGUGCUCUGUUGGAGGUCUGUUCCCACGAGCCACAGACCCAGGUGGUUCCCGAAGGGAGGAGAUAAUGAUUCAGUUUGCCGCAAGCCUCCUUUAGUUAGCAUGUGGGGCGAACCCAGCCACUGGGUUUGCCCAGCGGGAUUUACAGCUUAGCAGGUAAACUCAGUCCCAUGUGGCUUAUUCAACCAACCGUGGUUCAUGCCAACCAUUGCCUCAGCACAAUGUGGAAGCCGGCGAUUGCGAGAAGGGAAGCAGAUUGGGGUGGCCUCCUUGAGCAGGGGGUGAUUGGAAGAUCUCGUCACAUUCCAGUUGGAAAGUUUUGCCUCUCCUCAAGCGUAAUUCCUACCUCUACCCCAAUAAACCAUGCCCGAGGCCUGGCCAAGGGGCUAGUGCUGACCACUCCUUCCUUUCUCAGUCCCCAAGGCCAAAAAAGCUGUGGGCCCACCGGUCAGUCCAAACCUUCCUUUUGAUUGGCAGGAGACAAUCAAUUGCUCGCUUCCAGAAGCCCCCUUCUUCCAAUUCCCGGCUUCUUUUUCUCUUCUGGAUAGUCCAAAAGAGGAUCCAUUUUUAGCCUGGCACCUUGACCAUGGCUUGGCCUUCGGACAGAAGCACAGUGGAGGAAAUGUCUUUCCAUGCUUUGAAGGACUCUGUUGAAGGAAGUCUCUGCUUUCCUUCUUGAAAAGCCCCCUUCUCCCCACAUCCCACCCUCCCUCCUUUCCCCGAUACAGUUAGUCAAGGCAACCUUCUCCAAGCUGGUGCUCUCCGGAUGUAGCACUCCAGAUCCCAUAAUCCACUCGUCCGCACUGCCAAGGGAGGAUGUGAUCUGACGCCCCAGUAGAUCUGGAGACCACCAGCUUGGGAAGGGCUCAUCUUGGUGAAAUGCUUCCACGGAGCACCUGGAUUUCCUAUGCUGAACUUUUUUUAACAAAAGCAAUUGGUUUUCUAGUUUUACUAUUUAUUGAAUAACUUUUAGAAGGGCUAUCUUUUUAUAGUCGUACCAUUGGUAGUGGGUUUUUUUUGUGUGUGUUCUUUACUUUGUUCCUUUCUUUCUCUCUCUCUCUCUCUCUCAAUAAUGCUGGAGAUAUUUACCCUCUCUUGUGCUCUGUAUGUGUAAAUAACCGUGUUUUGGAUCCUGUGUGUGAGAAAAGAGACGUUUCCAAGCCGGGAGAGGAAACGUGGAACAGAAGGGAACGGCCAAUGUCUAGCUCAGCUCCAAGUCCAGUUGAAGUCUAUUUUAACGCCAAUGUAUUGGGAGGGGAGGGGAAGGGUGGGGUGGGAUCAGAGGCCACAGGCUGCAGUGAAAGCACCCAAAUGUUUUGUAACGGAUGAUUUUCCCCAGAAUUCCUAUGCUGUUCUUCCCAAGGCCAUCUGCAAAAACAAAACACAAUUCUGAGCCUGAUAUUAAAUUAGCCACAGCAUCACCACUGCUUCACA